AUGUCUGAUCGUAAAGGAUUUCGUUUUUCUGGAAAAGGCUUCCCAUGUCGUUUUCAUCACAACAACUCUCCUAACCAGCUGAAUGACAACCCUUACUUGCCUUAUGCUCCUUUUCACUUCAACCGUCCUGAAUCCCCGCAAGAUCAUGUCGUGCCUGAACAUCCUGCUUUCGAUGACUACUCAAUCGAUUCAGAAGAUGAACUGCUCAGUCCACCUGAUGUGAAAAGCCCAAUAUACAGCCGAUCCUUCAUCAACUUGCUCAAUGAUUCAGACGUCAUACCAGACGUCGAUCCUGAGGAUGAGUUGGCUUAUUAUGAGAUGAUGAACGAACAAAUGCCUGUUGUAAGAUCUGAUCAACAUCACUUCCACUUCGAUACGAAUGCAUUCCUGAUCGGUCUUGAAGAUUCAUCGAUUGCCUCCGAAGAUACAGAGGAUACCAACUGUCCGGAGAACGAUAGAAACUACUGUGAUGGAAACAACGACUUCUCAUUCAUCAAUGCGACUCCUGAGAUGUUUCGGUCGUAUUUCAAGAACAAAGAAAAUUCUUACCCAGAUGAAAGCCUAGAUCAGUCACCGUCCCUUAGGUACGAGGAUAUAAUGGAUUUGAUCUUCCACUCUGCGUCUCCUCGAAUCACAGAAGAAGUUUUUCCGCGUGAUCCCAUCAGUCCCAUCAGUCCCAUCGUCGGCCGUUUCCUUGAUCAGAGUGUUCUGAUGGAAACUUAUGACAGAAGAAUUGUAGAAAUUGAAUCAUACCCAAACCAAUCAUCUGAAAAUCGUAGAAACCCUUCUAUUGUUGUAACAGAAUAUGAAGAGAAAGAUAUCCAAGAAGAGCUCUUUCCAGUUUUUGAGAGCGUUGAGACCACAGGACAGAGAAACUUUGCGGACGAUAUGUUCCAAGAUGGCCGCACUGCUGUUGACGCUAUUACUCCUACCACUGCUCACUUCUUCCAAUUUGGUCGCGAGUCUAAUGAGAAGAUCGACAAUAUUGAUGAAUGUGGGCAAGAUGAUGAUGAAGUGUUCAUUACGAGUCUACCAAUCAAUACGGAAUCAGAUGAAACAAUGUUCCACACUCCACCCAAUACCGUGAGGGACGAUGAGGACUUCUAUUCGUUCUUAUCUUCACGUUCGAGGAAAAUUGCUCGAAACAUGUCCGCUGGUAGAAGGGAUAAGAUCCGUGAUCAAGAUUACGGUUUCGUACAACCCAAGAAGCUUUUCCUGGAUUGA